AGCAACUCUUCUCAACAGACAGCAGCAGCCGGCAGCACGCCCGACACCGACUGUACCAAGGAGGCGGCGAACGAUGGUCCUGCCAGCGUUUCCGGUCCAAGGCGCCGAUGAGGCGUCCGAUGUGUUCUUGCAGCGCGUCCAGGCCUUCAUGGACCUGGCCACUGGCGAACAGGAGCGGAUUGCUGCUGUAGCUGCUGAACAACAGCGACUGGUCGAAGAGGCAGCAGCUGAGCAACAGAGGCUGGCCGACGAGGCGGCCGCGGAAGCACAACGGUUGGCCAACAAGGCAGCUGUCCAAGCGCAUCUUCAGCGAGAAGCCGCCGAAGCAGUGCAACAGCAACAGUGUGCUGCAACCACACAGGUCCUGCAGAAUGAGGAACAGCGUUUCAGCGAACUCCUCACGACGUGGACUUCUGUGCCAUCAGCCGCACGACCGGCACCGACACCGGCAGAGCAGGAGAAAACAGAAUUGGCUUGCCUACUCAGACACUUGUUACACAAUGUGAACUGGCAGCAGGAGCAGUUACAGAGGCAUGCGCAGGCAGCAUACCAGCAGCAGCAGAUCCUAAAAGCUGCCGCAACGGACUGCCAGACACUCGCAACGGCGAUCAAUUCUGCCAAGACACAGCAAAACAAGUCAACGACUCACUUGCUGUACGGCUGGCUGAAGUCAAGACCGGACAGCGGCAAGGCGUACAAGAUGCCCAAGUUCAACGUAGCCAAAUUUGACGAUUAUCAAAAGACCGACGCAUUGGCUUCGUGGACUGCAUUCAAUACGGAGGUGGGCGUGCAUCGCGUUCCCGACGAUCAGCGCCUCAACGCGCUGUACCUCCAGCUGAUUGGCGGCAGCCACACCUUCAUGAACAAUUUGGCACUGCAAAAGGCUUGUACGAUCGCAACACUGCACACCAAGAUUACAUGGGAAGAGUUUGAGCAGCUGUGGCAGACGCGGUUCAUGGUCCGAAACGUGAGAAAGACGGUCAUGAACGAACUCUACCAUUGCAGCCAAGGCACGAUGCCUACCCGGGAAUGGUUGAGGAAGUGGCAGAAAUUUGUUGCCACUCCGAAAUUCAACGUCGAUCUCGAGGAUUUGAGAUCUGAGUUCUUCUCUCGGUUGUGCGACGGGUUGACCACGGCUCUCAGCAACGAGCUGCAGUACGAGACCUUCGACGCAGUCAUAUCAAGAGCGAACAUUCUCAUACAAACGGACUGGCGGGCGGCCAAUGAAAGUCGCGAGCAGCAGUCGGCCUAUGUGGCAAAGCCAGGAUUUCAGCAGCACAAUGCCAAUGUGAUCCUACGUGGAUCACAAGGAGACCACGCUGCUGCAGCAGCCUCUGGUGAAGGAGAUGUUGUAGCAGCGAUCCCUCCUCGACGCACACGAGCUCGGAAGAAGAAGGCAAAUUCCCAGGCGUCGGAAGGAGCUGGACAGCAACCCUGGACGCAGUAUCACAUUAGCGAGGAGGUUUAUCACCUCCGCCUGAACUUGCAGGUUCCUGUUCAGACAGUGUACACCCAAACUCCGUUGCAGGUUGCAGUCACCACGCAGCCUGUUGUCUCGCACCCUGUGCAGCCGCAGGGCACACAGCCCCAGCAGUUGGCACAGCGACCUGUGUCACAGGGUCCACAGCCCGUGGUGAUGCAGGGACCGGGACAGACACAAUGGGUCCCAAAGACGGCCAUCGCUGCUCCCAAACCUUUCACAAGGGAUAAGAGGGGCGAAGACCUCGACAUAUGGUUGAGGGCAGUGCCGGUCUACGUCAGGUGUAAACUUACCUUGCCACACGAAAAAGUGUUUGUGGCUGCCUCCUACCUAGAGGGUAGUGCAGCAAGAUGGUUGAGUGGGUUAGUGCAGCUCCAGGGGUAUGGUCAUGACUUCCGCGCUUGGGCGGCCUCCCAGAAAUUGGAGGACUUCCUGAAGAUGGUGGAAGAAAGGUGGCAUGAUCCUCAGGAGGCCCAAAGGGCCACUGAUGCGAUCCUGGCACUGCACACGCGGCAGUUUAAGUCAGUAAGGGAAGUCGCCGACGCUGUUGAGCGUUUGAUCUGUGUCCCAGGGGUGAGCUAUGACCCCCAGGUGCUACUCACCUCGUACUUGAGAUGCUUUUCUCAGCCUCUCAGGAACCAGUUGGCAAAAGAGGCCAACAUCAAUAUGCACAACUUUCCUUCGUUCAACAAGGUGGCCCUAGACCUUGAAGCUAAGAUAGGGCAUGGACAGGCACCCACUAUGGAUGGGAGAAAGAAGACACUGCCUCCCAACUGGAAGGCGAAGGGUCGCUUGAUGUUCGUCGAUAAUGAUGGUUCUACCAUCGAAGUAGAUGAGCACUUCCAGGAGGGAGUAGGUUCAGAGGCGGCCAGUGUAGAAACUUCAGAGGGUGGAGUAGUCGCUGUCGUUGCUCAAAAAGGUAAGGCGACCGGUAAACGCCGCGAAGGCUCCCGGUCCAGGAGUCAAGUUGACCCCAACGCUCCUCCAUGGGAGAAAGCGGGUCUCACUGAGGACGUGUGGAGAGACCGGUACUCACGGCAGACCUGUAUUCGCUGUGGUCAAUACGGUCAUAGUCAGUACAAGUGCCGCAAUAAGAAGGUAACCGAAAAGAUCCCGCCUACGAUGGGGCAUGUGCUUCGAUGAAUGUGUUUGAGUCCUUAGAGGAGCUAGAGGUGGAGUGGUCUAGAUCAGACCCACUAGCUUCUUGGACGACACUAGUCAAAGCCCCGAAG